CUGGGCGAUCUUUGUGACCAGAUGGCGGAUCAGGAGCACGUAACAAGCAAGACAGAUUCACCAGAAGACGCCGAUGUCGGCGGCAUUGAAAUUGGCAAGAAUAUUCGUCCACAUCCUCAUAACACCUCAAUGGCAAUUUCGCCCUCCCCCUUGCAACAUGUGUCAAUUGAUCAGUUGGCCGAAGCUGCCAACAAUUUCUACAAGAUGUCCCUCAUCCACGAGAUCAGCGUCGAUGCGAACUUUAAAGUGGAAAAACCAGAUGAAGACAAGCAAGAACCAAUGCAGAAGACCAUCAAGGAGACCAUGCAUCGCGCCUUCUGGGACGUCCAACGGGCACAUUUAAACGCCGACCCACCCAACUACGCCCCUGCUCUGAGUCUACUGAAAGAAAUCAAGCAGUCUCUGCACGGCCUGACCCUGCCUCACCAAGUGAGUCUGCGCUCCCAAAUCGACGCGCGUCUGGAUUUGGAGUCCGCAGAGGCCCAGUUGAAUGAAACAGGCAAAAUAUGCCUCGAGGCGUUCGCGACGCCCGUGAUCGAAACCAUGGCCGAGUUGUGCGCUCCUGUUCGCGAUGCUGAUAUCGCCUCUCUCCGCAGCAUCUCCGAUCCUAUUGAAUUCUUUAGGCAAGCCUUUGCAGUCCUCGAUCUGAUGCACAUGGAUCUGGCCAACUUUACCAUUCAAAAGAUGCGCCCCUACAUUCGACAGCAGGCGGGCGAGUAUGAACGCGAGAAGUUUGACACGCUUCUGGAGGUUCAAAAGAAGGCCGGAAUCGACGGUCUGGCGGUAACCCGUCAGUGGCUGAGACACGCCUACGAGAAGCUGAAGGAGCUGGCCAAGUCGCCUCCCCCCAGCCAGCCUGGGGCUUCCCGGGCCGUCGCCCCUGCCACCGCCUUCUCCCUCACCCCCAACAACAUCCUCCGCGAGGCCUACCUGGCUCUGCUCACUUGGCCGUCGGACAGCGAGUUCCCCGAGGCACGUUCACUCCUUCUUUUCGCCACCAUGACGGUGGACUCGAAACGGAUACGCGAGCUGAUCGACUGUCUCGCUCGGACGGUGACACUUGCCUCGCUGGUGCUGGUUGUGUGCAACUUCGUGGCGUCCAACCACGUCUCCCUGAUCCCGCCUCACGCCGUGGCAACCCCCUCUGUCCUGCCUCAAGCGCCGAUGGCCCAACUCAAGGGUGUUGUCUGUCGCGAUGCCAAGGGCAUCAUUGACGGCAUGCCGGCCGACAAAAUUCCUCAACUGGCUGAGGAGCUUAGUCUACGCAUGAUUCUGGUCAUCGAGAAUUGGCGCGAAUCGCUUAGCGAAAAGCACUUCGAAGAUGCAACAGUUACUCCUCUAGGCGAAGUCGAGAACGUCUUGCGUCCCGUUGCUCCGGAGUACGCCCUUCCUGGCCACUUGAAGGAUCAACUCACAGCCCAGAUCAACGCGGUUCUCCACAAGGAGCAUCCCGUACACAAGCUCAUGCUCACCCGAGCCAUUGAUUUCGUGCGCUCAACUAUCUCCGCCCGACCGCCCGAUCCGAUACCCCUGCCGACCGGCUUCGGCGCCCAGAUCUCUGUUCCCCUCGAUCCCAGCGUCUGCGCUCUGCAGCGACCACCGGCCCACAGGCUGCCAGACGGCGGCGACGACGCCUCGUCCUCCACUGCCGCCGCCGCCUCCUCCGACCUCUCCCGCGUCUACGACCUGGCGCUGAUCGCCUCGCGUCUGAUGCCUCUGGUCGCUCACAAUCGGCACGUCUUCGGACCGCACUACGCAGAGAUUAUCCAGGGCUUGUUCGCUUCGUCAGAAAACAACCGUGAUUAA